AUGGUCAGCUUCAAGCAGCAAAGACUCUCCUUACCAAUGCAGCCCGAUGAAUUCAGCAAACGUGCUCAGUCUUAUCCAUCGUAUGCUGAUUUAACUGCGCACGCCUCCAACGAUAUACAAAUUACCGCUUCACACCAUUGCAAUCAAGCUCAAAGUAACACCGUCGAAGUCGUCACGUUCGACACUGUCCACGAUCCUCAACUUUCUCGAACUCAGAACCCUGAUCAAUCCGAGCAGCUGCCCAGCGACGACUCUCCUAGGGAUCAAGAUCUCGUUCUUGCUGCCGGACUAGUCGCGUCACGUUCGCUCAAACGCCGCCGCUCUUUGACACCACAGUCAUUCUUACAAGACUUUGAAGUCGAAACAGGACCUGAACCUCCGCGUUCUCGCUCAUCUCAAGCACCUUCACAACUUUCGGAGGAUUUCAAUAUGCCAGAUGCGAGCACAGUGACCGCCAUGCGCGAUCUUCUAAAAAUCAACCUCAUUUACAUCAAUCAAGACCUUGCCAGGGCCCAAGGUCAAGUCGUCAUCAUCAAAGCCCUCGCUAUUCUAGACGGCAAACGAGGAUCUGAUUGGUCUGGACCGAAGGCUGUAAUGAUCCAGAGAACUAUUCACUACAAUAAAGAUGAGAAUGAAGCGACCUUUCUCUGCAAGCUCUUCCACGUACUCCUAGCAACCGAGCGAAAAGUGACUGCCGCAACAUUAGAUAGCGAUCGUGAAUAUAUCGAUCGUGCCUGGGACAAGGACUACCUCCGCGAAAAGUGGGACACCCUCUUUGUUGGUGAUGAUUUACCAACACUCAAGAUCCCGAACGAGAACCAAAAUUACUGGAAGGCGAUCCUAGCGCAAUUUCCUAAGAUGACAAAUCCAAAGCCAGACAUAUCAUGGUCAGUCGAUGGAGACGCAUAUGAGGCGGACCUAUCCGUGAAAGUGGUCAUUGAUGCUGUUCACUGUCAGCUCUGUGGCCGAAACGCAUAUCAUACCUUCUUUGUCUCAGAAUGCAAGUGUAUCAACUGCUCGAUUGAAGAAGCCGAAAACGGCUGCAUGAAAGACGGAGCAAUAAUGAAUCAACACGCGCGCCGAUGCCGUUUUGCCUUCGAGAAAGAUACAGCAAAGGCAUUUAAAUUCAUCGACGAACCUACACCAGAUACCGAUUCAUUCGUUUUCUCAAUGGCCAUCGCGCCAUCCGAAGCGCGAAUUUUCGUUAAUUGGAUUUUGGUUCACCCAAAUGGCUUUGACACACAUCAUAUGCAUCAUCUCAGGACAUACCGAUUUAAGGAAGAGAGUGAGCUCGCUCAAUUGCACUACGAUAUAGAUAAUAUUCUAGACUGGGGCGUCGGCGCACGCAAAGACGCUAUCGAUAAGAUGGUCCGGACCAGUAUUGAGACGAAGGCCGUACCCACCUUACCUUCUACUGGUAUGCCUGCGAACAAGAGGAAGAGGCAGACAGGGGAUGAAACUUGA